AUGCCGAAAUGCGGCGGAACACCUGCCAGGCCGACCAAGUUUGGUCGCGGCAGACCGAUUCAGCGCAAGAUCGUAGUAUGCGGAGAUGGAGCGACCGGCAAGACUUCGCUUCUGAAUGUCUUCACUCGGGGCUGGUUCUCUGCCGUGUACGAACCGACCGUGUUCGAGAACUAUGUACACGACCUCUAUGUUGAAGACCAACUCGUCGAGCUCAGCCUUUGGGAUACCGCCGGACAAGAAGAGUUUGACCGGUUACGCUCCUUGAGCUAUGCCGAGACACAUCUCGUCAUGUUGUGCUUUUCGGUGGACAACCCGUCGUCACUUGAUAACAUUGAGCUGAAGUGGAUAGACGAAGUGCUUGAAUACUGUCCAGGGGUGAAGCUCGUUCUCGUCGCGCUCAAGUGCGAUUUGCGCGAGGAUCGUAUCACGCAAGAGCGGCUCGCGCGGUACGGCGCACACACCGUGCAGUACGAAGAGGGCCUCGCCGUCGCGCGCCGAAUACGAGCAUCGCGCUACCUCGAAUGCAGCGCGAAACACAAUCGUGGCGUCUCCGAGGUCUUCUACGAAGCCGCACGCGUCUCGAUCAGCACCCGCGCCAAAGGGUCCGGCACCUACGGCGGUGGUGGCGGAGGAUGCGUAGUUGCAUGA